UGUAGUGCCUUUUGGACUGCGUUCAUUCAUGUUGUUUUGCUUCAUAAACGGAUCGGUUAUUUAGCUUUGCAGGUAUUCAGUGAUCAUGUAUCACCAACCCGUCCUAAAGCACAGGAGGACACUUCUUGAGCGUGCAGAGAAGUUCACAUCUGAUAUUUAUUUCACGGACUGCAAUCUCAGAGGAAGGCUUUACGGAGACACCUGUUCGCUGGACUCGCUUUCUUCCUUCCUGUCUCCUAAGCGCAUUACCUUCUCAGAGGCCGUCAAACACACCUUCCAACCAUAUACUGUUGGAGAUAGCUUUGGACCCACGUGGUGGACAUGCUGGUUCAGGGUGUCUCUGAAGGUCCCCGACUCAUGGAGAGGAAAGGAGGUGCACCUCAGGUGGGAGAGUGAUGGAGAGGGGAUGGUCUGGAAGGACGGGGAGCCAGUCCAGGGGCUGACAAAAGAGGGUGAGAAGACAUCUUACAUACUGACAGAGUGUCUCCAGGACAACAAGCCCCAAAGCGUGACUUUCUAUGUGGAACUGGCCUGCAACGGCCUCUUUGGAGCUGGUUUGGGGUCCAUGAUCGCAGCUCCAGACCCCAACAAGAAGUUCUCUGUGCAGAAGGCCGAGCUAGUUGUGUUCAACCGUGAUGUCAGAGAGCUCCUGACAGACUUUGAGAUGCUUGUGGACAUUGUUAAGUUGCUAGGUGAGGGGGAGCAGCGAGGGUUCCAGGCCUUGUUCACGGCCAAUGAGAUGGUGAAUCUCUGCGAUCCAGCUAACCCCAGCACGUUCGCUGCGGCCCGAAGCCUGGCACAGAAAUUCUUCAAGCAGAGAAACGGGGAGAGUCAGCACAUCGUCCAUGCCAUGGGCCACUGUCACAUAGAUUCAGCUUGGCUGUGGCCCUACGAGGAGUCCAUCAGGAAGUGCGGACGCAGCUGGGUCACUGUGAUUCGCCUCAUGGAGAAGAACCCUGACUUCAUCUUUACCUGUUCCCAGGCCCAGCAGUUUCAUUGGGUGAAGGAGUGGUACCCAGGGUUGUACUCUCAGAUCCAGCGUUUUGUCCAGAAGGGCCGCUUUAUCCCAGUGGGUGGAACAUGGGUGGAGAUGGAUGGAAACUUGCCAUCUGGCGAAUCCAUGGUCAGACAGUUCCUGGAAGGCCAGAACUUCUUCAAGGCCGAGUUCGGGAACUACUGCAAAGAGUUCUGGUUACCCGACACAUUUGGCUACUCCGCCCAGCUGCCCCAGCUGAUGCAGGGCAGUGGCAUCACCCGUUUUCUGACCCAGAAGCUGAGCUGGAACCUGGUCAACACCUUUCCUCACAACACCUUCUUCUGGGAGGGUAUAGACGGCUCGCAGGUUCUCACUCACUUUCCUCCGGGGAACUCCUACGAGAUGAAGGGCAAGGUGGAGGAUCUGGUGAACACGCUGAAGAACAACAAGGACAAAGGGCGAGCCAAUCACAGUGCUGCACUCUUUGGUUUUGGAGACGGAGGAGGUGGUCCAACCCAGCUUAUGCUGGACAGACUGGAGCGUGUGGCGGACACAGAUGGACUGCCCAAGGUUCGGAUGUCGAGCCCAGAUGACCUCUUCACAGCGCUGGAGGGUGACUCCGGCCUCUUGUGCACGUGGACGGGAGAGCUCUUCCUGGAACUGCACAACGGCACCUACACCACCCAGGCUAAGAUCAAACUGGGGAACCGUCAGUGCGAGGCUCUGCUCCAUGAUGUUGAGGUGGCCAGUUGUCUUGCCCUGUGUCACAACAAGGCUUUCUCAUACCCUGCUGCCAAACUGCAAGAGAUCUGGAGGCUGCUGCUUCUCAACCAGUUCCACGAUGUUCUUCCUGGCAGCUGCACAGAAAUGGUGGUGGAUGAUGCUCUGGAGUAUUACAAGGAGGUCCAGUCCACUGGCACCAGACUGCUGCAGGAGGCUUGUGGGGCCCUGAUUUCGGGUGGCCAGGAAGGUGCCUGUCCUGCAGUGCUGAACACGUUGGCUUGGGAGCGCACUGAGGUCAUACAACUGGAAGAGGACACCGUGCCACCAAAGCUGGCUCUGGCUAGAGUACCUAGUGUGGGUUUGGCUGUAGUCCAGGAGUCUGCAAAGCCCAGUUGUCCAGUAACAGUUACAACACAAGCCGACUGUACUGUCCUGAUGGAGAAUGGGAUUUUGCGCGCAGUCCUGGACCAGAAGGGCUGUUUAGUUUCUCUUAGUCUUGUGAACACAAAUAGGGAAGCCAUUGCCGACGGUUGUCUUGGAAACCAGUUUGUGGUGUUUGAUGACGUGCCUCUGUACUGGGACGCCUGGGAUGUGAUGGAUUACCACCUUCAAACAAGGAGGCCGGUGGUGGAGGUGAUGAAGCCGGCUGCGGUGACGAGCUCCGGGGGCCUGCGAGGAAGCGUCUGCUUCUCCCUCAGGGUCAGCGGCAAGAGCACCAUCACUCAGGAGGUCAUUCUGGAUGCUGACUGUCCUUAUCUCAAGUUCAGCACUCAGGUUGAGUGGGCCGAGAGCCAUAAGUUCCUGAAGGUGGAAUUCCCAGUGCGGGUGCGAAGUCCCGACGCCACCUAUGAGAUCCAGUUUGGGCACCUGCAGAGGCCCACGCACAGGAACACGUCCUGGGACUGGGCCCGCUUUGAGGUGUGGGGCCAUAGAUGGGCAGACCUGUCGGAGCAUGGCUUUGGAGUGGCGGUGCUAAACGACUGCAAGUACGGCUACUCCUGCUUCCAGAACACGCUCACCCUGUCCUUACUCCGAGCCCCCAAAGCUCCGGAUCUCCAUGCUGAUAUGGGCAGUCACCGGUUCACCUACGCCCUCAUGCCUCACAUGGGGUGUUUCCAGGACGCGUCUGUCAUCCAGUGUGCCUAUAAUCUCAACCAUCCUCUUCGGCUGGUGCCAAACGCCUCCAACCUUCAACUCUUGAGUGCGUUCUCCGUCAGCGCUGAUGGGGUCAUCCUCGAAACCAUCAAACAGGCGGAGUUCCAGAAGAAUGCUCUGGUUGUUCGCCUGUAUGAAUCGCAUGGGGGCAGCACCUCUGUGACGCUCUCCACCCCUCUGCCCCUGCGUGAAGCCUGGCACUGUGAUCUUCUGGAGCGCCCGGACCCGAAACACAGAGCGGACAUUACAGCGUCUGGAAUCUCUCUCCACUUCAGUCCCUUCCAGAUCAGAUCUCUCCUGCUAAUCCUUGAAUGAGCAGUGCCGCCUCCCUACCACCUCCCUGCCGUCUCCCUGCCACCUCCCUGCCACCUCCCUGCCACCUCCCUGCCGUCUCCCUGCCACCUCCCUGCCACCUCCCUGCUACCUACCUGCCGACUCCCUGCCACCUCUCGGCUGUGCAGCAGAAGAAAUAUUUUUUCUCCGACUUAAUCUUUACUUUUUACUUUUGAAGCACUCAGACACCCAUCACGAGUGGCUUUGUUUGUGAGGACAAUUUUGUACUGUGGACUGUCUACUGUAUGUCUUUUGGUAUUUGGGAUACAGCUGUGAAAUAAAUCAUUGGAAGAUUGUUA